CCGCCACCACCACCACCGCCACCACCACAACCACCACCACCACAACCACCACCGCCACCGCCACCACCGCCACCACCACUGCCACCACCACCACAACCACCACCAAGUCUGCCUCAAGUUCAUCCACAAGUGCCAGCGCCACGUCCUCAACGUCAAGAACUUCGGUCACGGUGACAGCCAGCAGUCGCACAGAAUCAACGACCAGUUCCACAACGGCUUCUUCCAGUGUGAGCUCGACAAGAACCAACACAGCUACCGCUACAGAUGUCGCGAUGCCUGGCAGCACAAGCACUGCGUCAAGUGCAACGACUACCACCUCAGCCAGCACGUCUCAGGCUAUUUCUGUGACUAGCAGCACAGCAGCAACUAGCCUCGCAAACAGCGUGACCAGUUCCCUCAGCACUUUGACCACCACCUCGGGCACUUCGACUUCCACUCUGAUCAGCACCUUGACCACUUCCUUCGCGACUGCGAGCUCCACAAACCCGCCUCCCUUGGUUGAUGCCGUUGCCGCGCGCCGGGAGGAGGCCGCCGCCGCGAGCGCUGCGGUGGAGGCGGCAGAGGAGCGCGCGGUGCUGCAGCUGCUGGCGGCGCUGGCGCCGGCGCCCGGGGCGCCGCCGGGGGUGCUGGGCUCGGCGAAGGUGGAGACGGAGGUCGGAACUGUGGAGGUCACCGCCUUCUCUGCAGACGCCGCGGCUGCUGCUGGUGGAACCGUGCCGGUGACGGGCAGCGGCGGCGUUGCGGUGGACGUGCCGUCUCAGGUCCUGGGGCAGGCGGCCUCCAUAGGCGGAGCGGGCCCGGUGCUCUUGAGUUUUACCUCCAUGUCCAAAGUCGCCUCCAAGUUCCAGGCUUCGGCGCCGAACGCGCCGUCGCCCUCGGGCGCGUCGACUGGGCGGCGGCUGAACGCGCUGCAGUCGGUGCCGCUGAGCAUCAACCUCCGCGGGGCGGAUGGGAAGAAGCUGGACAUGAGCCGACUCAGCUCGCCCAUGGUCCUGUCGGUGGAGUCCUUCGACCCCAAUGCCACCUGCGCAUAUUGGGAUGAGGAUCAAGGCAUGUGGUCCCAAAGCGGCGUGGAAAAGGUGGGCUACGAGCAGGGGAAGCUCAUGUGCCGCACCGAGCACCUGUCCAUUUUCGGGGCUUUGAUGGAAUCCAUCUUUAAGGACGUGGCAGCCGUGCUGAAAUGUUCCACUGCCUGGCAGCUGGUCUCCGUCGAGGGGAUCAAGAAGAUCGGCGAGCCUGGGUGGACGGGAUAUCCCCCCAGCAUCGUCACCUUCUGCUUCCUGGGGGGCUUUCUGCUGGCCGGGAGCUGCGCCUUCCGCUUGGACCGCCGGGCGGAGGAGGCCAUUCCCUGGCUGGAGAGGGAGGCCAUGCUCCUCCGCAGCAAGAAGAGCGUGGACCGGACGAAGAUGCGGGCCUUCAGGCCCAGCGUCCAGGAGAAAGGUGGGCGCUGCUCCCGGUGCUGCCGGGCGGUGAAGAACGCCUUCGACUACGUGGUUUGGCUGGUUGGCAGCUCCUUCGGCGUGGAGAACGCGGCGGAGGUGGUGUCGGAGCUUGUCUCCAACGCCCCCACUGCCACGGUGAGCCGGUGCGUGGCGGCGUUGCACGCGCACAAGAGCGGGGCAUGCCGGGAGAGCUUGAAGGCGGUCAAGGACUUGGCCGGCCCGGACUUGGACAAGGCCGCGCGGCAGGCGAGCCAGCGCGAGGCCGCGGCCGGUGCCGCCGGUGGCGGUGCGGGCGGUGGCGGCCGGAGGCAGGUGGCCAGCAGACUGCGGGCCUCCGUGAUGAAUGGGGUGUCGGUGAUGAUGCAGAAUAUGGACCACUUCCGGGUGGCGCUGCAGAGCAUGACCCAGCGCUGGGAUGUGCACGGGCACGGGGUCUGGGCCGUGGAGACCUUCGUCUCCAGCGGUUGGUGCAAGCGCGUGGCGAUGCUCUUCCCCGCAGUGCACCCGUGGGUUGCGAUAACCCUCUUCAGCAUGUUCACCUCCCACGCCGUGCGCGCCGCUCUGAUCAUCUUGAAGUUGUCCACCUCCGCUGCAUCCAACGCGCUGUUCUUCACCAGCGCGUCGUCCACGCCGGACUCAGAUGCUGAGUGCGCACCUCCGCAGACCUUGUUCUCUCGGAUGGUUCAGGGCGCCACCGUGGGGGUGUUGUCCGCUUGUUUGGGGGACGUCAUCAUCUUCCUCCUCUUCAUGGUGCAGCGGCGCCGCGUGGUGGAGAGAGAGGAAUGGACUCCAGAGAUGAAGCAGAAGCAGGUGUCCCGCUGGUGGUGGAGGUCCUGCAUCUUCUGGAGCUGGUGGGUCUUCCACGAGUCUUGCUGCAUCCUCUACGUGUUCACCUUCCUGGCCAACGUGACCUUGGCCGACGCAGUGAAGUGGGUCGAGAGCACGGGAAUCAGCCUACUGCAGGACCUGCUGCUGGUGCCGCUGGCGGUGUCGCUGGUGCUGGGCUCUUUGGCCUCGCUGGCGCUGCGCAGCGCCCGGGUGAGGCUGGCGGUUGAAGACAAGUGGAUUGGAAGUGCUCCGGAGGAGAACGAGGAGCCUGCGAAGGAAUUGCUCCGAUGCCGCACGUUCACCGGCUUUGCUGGGGUGGAGAGCGAGGAGGGCGUCAACAGCGAGCACGGCUUUAGCGACGUGGAGGCAGACGAGGAGGCGGAGUUCUCCGACAGCGUGUCGGUGGACUGCUCGGUGCGGCAGGACUUCUGCCCUGUGCUGCCGGGUGUCCCGACUUAGGCGCGAACGGCGCGCCAGGUAGCCGGACCACGACACAAGGCUGGCGCGGCUCGCCGUGUAUCACACGCGCAGUCUCUUUUAAUUUUAAAUGAGCACCGGUCAAUAUUCAGCAUCAUCUGAUGCUGGAAGGUAGAUGACAUUGGGCACACUC